GAUGUUGGAGAGGAGGGAAAAGCUGCAGCAGCAUUGGAUCCACUCCUGAAGUCUGCAACGCGGCAGGUGCUAAGGCGGGCAAUCACUCGCGUCUAGGGCACUAUGACGACACCUACCCUCAAAUUCGUUUACCCCACCUUACCCUGCACGGAAUUGGAUCUUCCUCACAUUCCUCAUCCCGCUGCUGAUGAAAUUGACCUUCACAACAACCAAGCAAUCCAGCAACCACAGCAUCAUACCACAAUUCUUCGGAAGCAAUCAUGUCCGGACGCAUCCCAACAUCGACCUCGGUCAUUGAGUCGGCAGUCAUUGAGGCGCCUUUCAGCAACGUCUGGCACCUGCUCAAGCUCCAGGACUUUGCCAAAUUUUACAGUGCUUUGGACAAGAGCGAGUGGGUCAAGGGCGCAUCGCCAGACACUGACAUUGUCAAAUGGAGCUUCAAAGACGGAACCGUCCUCGAGGUGAAGCAGGAGGAGCACUCUACAAUCGACCACUACAUCACUUACAGUGUCAUUUCGUCCCAGCCCGCCAUUAGCUACUCGUCGGUCGUCAGCACAGUCAGAGCCUAUCCCAUCACUUCCGGCAGCCACGCAGGCCACACCUUUGUUACCUGGAGCGGCAACUUCUCAAGUGACGCCGAUGCUGGUGUCAUUGAGGAUGCCAAGUUCAAGCGCCGCGAGGCCCUUGCGGAUCUCGCCAAGGCUGUCUCGAAGAAGUAAGGUAACAAGGGAAUGCGAAGACUGUGUCUCACAGAAUGUCCUACUUUGAGAACACGCGCGUACAAGUAUUGUCAAUGAGCAUGCACGCCUUUUACGGUUCUUGUGCCUUCCGCUAAUAAUCGAGUCACUAUCAAUUCACGAUACUAAUAUCAACCGCCCCAGAACACAUGACCUGCCGUGAUAUGCUGGAUCGUCAGGUUCGUCACGCGUAAGUUUGCGGUCCCUGUGGGAAAACUUGCCAGAUACACUGCGCUGGUCAUUAUUUCAUUUCUUUGCGACUUCGCUCUUUGCUGCGAGUCCUGUAUGGAAACCACCGUCUUCUCCCCGGAAUAAACAACCCCCUUCGCUGGAAGCAGAACCGUUGCCAACGACAAUCGCUGGGUUGCUCACUGCGAACUCUCUCACGGACUCGGUCGCACCCUUCUCCACCACUUGGGGUGUCGGCUGUGA